AUGCUACCAACUCUCCUGUCGCCUCGAUUAAACCUCGAUCCUAAUGUGGAUGAUACUAUCAUUAGUGUUAAUAUCACGAAUGAGUGCAUCGCUGCUUAUAAAGAGCUUCUAUACAAGAGGGGGGCAGAUAAACCUGCAUUCGUUAUCUACAAGAUAUCCGACGACGAACGCUCUAUCGUCGUGGAAGAAAGCUCCCCGGAGAAGAACUACGAAGCAUUCCUCCAAAAGCUUACAUCCGCACAUGAUAGUGACGGGAAACCUGCACCUCGAUAUGCAAUAUAUGACGUGGAGUAUGACUUGCUUGAAGACGGUAGGAGAGCGACAAUUGUCUUUAUCAGCUGGAUGCCCGAUGUGACGUCUACUCGGAUCCGUAUGUUGUAUGCUUCUACCAAGGAGCAGCUCCGAAAGGCUCUCGAUGUCAAAGUAUCCAUCCAUGCUGAUGAUGUGCAUGAUGUUGAAUGGAAGACGGUAUUAAGAGAAGCCAGUGGUGGGCGGCUCUAA